AUGAUGUCUUGUAAUAACUCUCUUCUUAAAAGUGAAGGUGCGAUUUCUACCUUUGAAGUUGUUGAAUAUGUUGCCAUUGGAGACCACUUAAUAGAAAAGACAUUUUUUGUUUAUUUCAAUAACAAUGAAUUGGAAGUGAAGUGCACAUGUGCAUUGUUUGAAGCAAGAAGCAUCUUAUGUAGGCAUUCACUUUCCGUGUUACGGACAAAGAAAGUGACAACUUUGCCACAAAGAUAUGUUCUUGACAGAUGGAGGAAGGAUAUUAAGCAAGAGUACUCAAAGAUUAAGAGUAGUUAUAACGCCAUUGGUGAUAAUCCACAUGCCCAAAUACAUGACAAAGUGAGAAACAAUUUUCAAGAGUUACUGUUGCUCACAUCAGUAAACACGGAGGAACGUUGCAUGGAACUAAUGAAAAGAAUUGAUCAGUUAAAGGAGUUGUGGCGUUGCGAAAAUCAAUCUUCUGGCAUUCCAGCUACUGUCUCAUCUUCUAACUGUAAAAAUGUGCUUAGUCCUGUGAAGUUUACAUGUAAAGGGAGGCCACGAACAAAGAGAAAGGUGUCUGUUAUAGAAACAGUGGUGAAGAAAUCCAAAGUAUCGAGCAAGCCACCAAGAGACAACAAUGCUAAAACGAAGAGACGAAAAAAUCAAGCCUCCAAAUCAACGAAAAAUCAAGACAACACUAGUCAAUCUCUAUUGCCUUCUGUGCCUUCUGCAGCUCACGAUCAUAGUACUCAGGAUUCCUUCACUUCGUCAUCGACAGUUGCUCACCCCUUCAGUGGUCACCAUGAUUCUAUUCUUUCUCAGCUUGGUAUUAAUCCAAUCCAACAGCUGGGAGAGGUUCUUAGGCAGCAAGAAGAUGAGCUGUGGGGAGGUGAGCUGGGCAUGACGUGCGUGAAAGAGGGUCUACACUUGGCCUUGGUUCAAUGGCUGUGA